AUGUCAAAAAAAAGAGUUGAUGAAGCCGGCCGUGGAGCUCUAGCUGGUCCAGUAAUAGUAGCGUCUGUUGUCUUACCAGUUGGUUUUCAAAACCCUUUAAUUCAAGACUCCAAAAUACUUAGCCCUAGUCAAAGAAAAAGAGCUUAUCGGAUAGUUAAAAAGGAAGCGCUGGAGUAUAAUAUUGUUGCCAAAAGUGCUCGAGAGGUAGAAGCAAAAAAUCCGCUUGGAGCUACCAAAGAAGCUAUGGUAGAAGCUAUCUUAAAUUUGAAAACUAAGCCUAAUUUAUGCCUAGUUGACGGCAAAGAAAAAAUAGUAGUAGAAGGAAUUAGAACCGUAAGCAUUAUUGGUGGCGACCGUCGGUCCAUUAACAUUGCGGCCGCUUCCAUUAUCGCCAAAGUAACCCGUGAUGCCAUUAUGCAAAAACUACACAAAAAAUAUCCUCUUUAUGACUGA